GCACCGCGCCACCACAAAAGCCGCUGACAGUCCGGUCCCACCUAGCUCAAACCCACCUGCCAGCGACGGAGCCGCGCACCCCGCCGCGCGCUCCGGCCGACACCCGUCGCCGUCGCCACGUGCUCCGCCCCCGAGGCCGGGGCACCCCGCCCUGAUAAUAAUUUACGCUAGGGCCAACCCGUCGCGCCCCACCACCACCAGCGCCGGCGGCAGCGGUUACCUUUGCUGCGCGCACAGCGGAGCCGAUUCGAUUCGUAACUUACACCUGAAGGAGGCAGAGCGGAUGUCGGCGGCGGCGGCGGAGGGGAGGAUGCCGGAAGGGGAGGGGAAGAAGGGGGAGGCGGGUAUGGACGCGCGGAAGGACGGGGUGGCGCGGGAGGUCGUCCGGAUGGAGCGGGAGGCCGUCAUCCCCAUCCUCAAGCCCAAGCUCGUCAUGCGCCUCGCCUACCUCAUCGAGCAUGAGGUCGAUCGCAACGAGUUCCUCAAGCUGUGCAAGAAGGUGGAGUACACCAUCCGGGCCUGGUACCUCCUCCAGUUCGAAGACCUCAUGCAACUGUACACCCUGUUUGACCCUGUUACUGGUGGGAAGAGGCUGGAGCAGCAGAGUCUGACGCCAGAGGACAUCGAAACCCUCGAGUUCAAUUUCAUGACAUAUCUUUUCCAGGUGAUGGAAAAGAGCAACUUCAAGUUGUUAGCUGAUGAAGAGUAUGAUAUUGCGCAAUCUGGAAAAUAUCUGUUGAAUCUUCCAAUAAAAGUUGAUGAAUCUAAGCUAGACAAGAAGUUGUUGACAAAAUAUUUUAAAGAGCAUCCACAUGACAAUCUACCAGAAUUUGCGGACAAGUAUGUCAUCUUUCGUCGGGGCAUUGGAAUUGAUCGAACAACUGACUACUUUUUCAUGGAGAAAGUAGAUGUAAUGAUAUCCCGAGCUUGGAGUUCAUUGCUCGGGUUUACCAGGAUUGAUAGAUUGUUUUCUAAGAAACAACAUUUGAAGCCAAAGAAAGACACAAAGAAGACUGAUGAAAUUAAUGAAGACGAGGAAGAACCACAAUUAUUUGUUGAGAGAAUUCGAUUAGAAAAAAUGGAACUAAGUAUGAAAAAUCUGAUGAGUAAGAUGACAAUUCAAGAACCUACAUUUGAUAGGAUGAUUGUGGUUUACAGGAGGGCUGGGACGAAGACUAAGCCUGAUCGAGGAAUAUUUGUAAAGCACUUCAAGAAUAUUCCAAUGGCUGACAUGGAGAUUGUUCUUCCAGAGAAGAAAAACCCGACGCUAACACCAAUGGACUGGGUCAAGUUUCUCAUUUCUGCUGCUAUCGGUUUGGUUACUCUAGUUGGUUCUCUUGAAAUGCCAAAGGCUGAUGUAUGGGUUGUCAUAGCAAUCUUGUCUGGUGUGAUCGGGUACUGUGCUAAGAUCUACUUCACAUUUCAACAAAAUAUGACAAUUUAUCAGAAUUUGAUUACAAAAUCAAUGUAUGACAAACAGCUUGACAGUGGGAAGGGAACUCUUCUCCACUUAUGUGAUGACGUGAUACAACAAGAAGUUAAAGAGGUCAUAAUUUGUUACUACAUUUUAAUGGAGCAGGGAAAAGCAACUAUACAAGAUCUUGAUUUACGCUGCGAAGAGCUAAUCAAAGAAGAGUUCGGUGCAGAGUGCAACUUUGAUGUUCAUGAUGCUAUCAAGAAGUUAGAGAAGCUUAGCAUUGUUCAUCGGGACUCGAUUGGAAGGAUCGUAUGCGUUCCCUUGAAGCGUGCAAAUGAGAUCAUUGGCACAACGACUGAAGAACUGGUGAUGCGAGCGCAGCAGAGUCCUGCUUCUUAAGUUCCACGAUGGAUUGUACUCCCCAUAUGUCUGUGUAAAUCACACAUCUAAAAGCAAGUCUCUUUUCAUCUUUCAAGUUUGUUGGCUUGUACAUGUGUAUCUGUACGAUGUACCACACCAGCUCAUAGUCAUAGUUAGGCACUGUUUUUUUUUCCACUUACUGGAGAGUCAUCAAGACUAGAGUGUGUAUUUUAAAGUUUUCUGUUUCAGUUGAAGAAUGGUAUUACAUGUUCUGUGUACAUAACACACAACCAUAUGUAUGUAUAAUAAGAAAAAGAGUAAAUCGCAUCCAUCAUACAA